UCUGUGUCUCUCUGCCUGUCUUUGUCUACUUUUCAUCACUACCCAUCCUUCCGGUACCACCUUCUGUGGGUUUGUAUCUCUUUCCUGGCUGAUUAUCUCUGUCUUCCUGUUUGCGUCUGCAUUCCCCUUUUCCUGGAUCCUGUUCCUCUGUCCCUUUCUCGCUUCUCCGCUUCUCCGGCACCCUCACCACGCCUCCCCCCACCUGCUGCUGUUCUCUGCAAGGACCCUCGGGAGGCAUUCAGAUCCACCCAGCCCAGCCCACUUCUGACAUCCUAGCCAGCAUUCUCCAUCCCCAGCUGGCAGGAAUGGGAUAGGACUUGUUGGGGGCUUCCUUUGCCGAGCCUGGCUCCUUUUCUUUGUAACCACCUUGUGUCACUCAAGUCCUGAACUGGAUUUGAGAACCAAGCAAGGUGCAACCAAAGGAAGAACCGGGGUUUUGGGCCUCCUUUCCCACCCACCCCCUCUGGCUGUGGAGGAGGACAUUGCCUUUCCUCCCUUCGUAAAAACUUCUGUACGCCCCUCCUCCGUCCCCGCUAAUUCUUUCUUUUCUCCUGCUGAGCCCUUCUCUCGUCGCUCCCUUUGCCCUCCCCUCCCACCGCUGCAAUUCGGCUCCGGGAUCCGCAGCCUGGCGUCCCGGUGUGCACCAUGCCGGCCCUGCUGUUGAUCGGGACCUUCGCGCUGCUAGCUUCCACCGCGGGCCCGGUGGGGGCGCGCCCAUCCAACGACACAAGCGCCGUGGCCCCGGGCCCGCUGCCCGCGCUACUCGCGCACCUGCGGCGCCUGACCGGGGCUCUGGCGGGCGGCGGGAGCGCAGCGGGCGCCAACGCCAACGCCAACGCCACCAAGACCAGCCCCGCGGGUGGCACGGGUGCAGCGGCACGGGCGCCCCCUCCGGCCGAGCUCUGCCAUGGCUACUACGAUGUCAUGGGCCAGUACGACGCCACCUUCAACUGCAGCACCGGCUCCUACCGCUUCUGCUGUGGCACCUGCCACUACCGUUUCUGCUGCGAGCACCGCCACAUGCGCCUGGCGCAGGCCUCCUGCUCCAACUACGACACGCCACGCUGGGCCACCACGCCCCCGCCGCUGGCUGGGGGCGCCGGGGGCGCUGGGGGUGCGGGUGGGGGGCCAGGGCCAGGCCAGGCAGGGUGGCUGGAAGGGGGCCGGGCCGGGGGCGCUGGGGGUCGUGGGGGAGAGGGCCCAGGGGGCAGCACAGCCUACGUGGUGUGCGGAGUCAUCAGUUUCGCUCUGGCGGUGGGCGUCGGUGCCAAAGUGGCCUUCAGCAAGGCGUCACGUGCGCCCAGGGCGCACCGGGAGAUCAACGUGCCCAGAGCUCUGGUGGAUAUUCUCAGGCAUCAAGCAGGACCUGCAACCCGCCCGGACCGGGCCAGAAGCAGUUCUCUGACCCCAGGGCUGGGAGGCCCAGAGAGCAUGGCCCCUAGGACGCCCAAGAACCUUUACAACACCAUGCAGCCCUCCAACCUUGAUAACCUGCACUACAACGUCAACAGUCCCAAGCACCGCGCCGCCACACUGGACUGGCGUGCUAUGCCACCACCCAGCCCUUCCCUGCACUACUCUACGCUGUCCUGCUCUCGAUCCUUCCACAACCUCUCUCAUCUUCCCCCAUCUUAUGAGGCGGCUGUGAAAUCAGAAUUGAAUCGAUACUCUUCCCUCAAGAGACUGGCUGAGAAAGAUCUGGAUGAAGCCUACCUGAAGCGCAGACAUCUAGAGAUGCCACGUGGAACACUGCCUUUGCAUGCACUCCGGCGGCCAGGCACUGGAGGUGGCUACCGCAUGGAUGGCUGGGGUGGCCCUGAGGAGCUGGGCCUGGCACCGGCACCCAACCCCCGGCGGGUUAUGUCCCAGGAGCACCUGCUGGGUGAUGGUGGCCGAGCUUCCCGCUAUGAGUUCACAUUGCCUCGAGCCCGUCUGGUGUCUCAAGAACACCUGCUGCUAUCCUCACCGGAGGCGCUUCGCCAGAGUCGCGAGCACCUGCUGUCACCCCCACGAAGUCCUGCACUGCCCCCAGAUCCCACCACCCGGGCCAGCCUGGCUGCCUCACACUCCAACCUGCUGCUGGGGCCUGGGGGCCCCCCCACACCCCUGCAUGGGUUGCCUCCAUCAGGCCUGCAUGCCCACCAUCACCAUGCCCUUCAUGGCUCUCCUCAGCCAGCCUGGAUGUCUGAUGCGGGCGGGGGUGGGGGCACACUGGCCCGCAGGCCACCCUUUCAGCGCCAGGGAACCCUGGAGCAGCUGCAGUUCAUUCCUGGGCACCACUUGCCCCAGCACCUGCGCACUGCCAGCAAGAACGAAGUGACUGUCUGAGGCCGGGUGAAGUGCUGGGGGCUGUGGCUUCCGAGGCCCCCUUCUUCCAGCCCAGAUCUCCAUCACAGGCUUAUCAUACACACCAAGGGUCUGAGACCAGAUGGGCCCUUGGACCGGAGACCACGCCUCCUUUUGGGAUGUUACAGUAGAUGAGAUCUCUCCUCCUACUUUGUCACUAUUUGAACCAAGGCCUCCCUCCCAUGAUGUCAUCCCAGAGGAAGGAGGCCUGUACAUGAGGUCAUUGCUAGCAAAUAUGUCUGUGUUUUAUGAUGUCAUUGCAGGGACUAAACCUCCUUCCUAUGAGGUCACCACAGAGGAAGAGCCCUGCCUAUGAGGUCAUCACUAGAGGUUACGUCGAUUUUGCAUGGCAUCACCACAGAGACUCCUUUCCCGUGAUGUCACCACAGACAAUGCCUUGUCCCAUCCCGUCAUCCCUAGAAACAAAAAUUUCUUCCUGCAGUGUCACUACGGAGAUAAGUCUCACACUUCUUGAGACUUGUUGACAUCAUCCUGACUGAGCGCCGAGGCCUCUUGCAAUUAUCAUCACGGGAAACAUGUUUCUCUGCCGUGGAGAAGAUGCCGCCGCCUUUCCAUGAUGCCACCACAACAGACAAAGCCAUUUUCCUGGGACACAUUGCAGGGUACCAUGCCCUGCCAAUUUUGUCCUCACUAAAGAUUAGGCCUCCUUUCCACAAUG